AUGUCGACUCCAGCUGAAAUCAUUGCCGCUCGUGUCAAUGGUACUUAUGUUUCCGAGGAGCCUAAGCCUGUGAAGAAAGUUUCGAAGGAACCUGUUUCCAAAGAGACUGCUUUCCCUGUGCUUGGCGGCCGCCAGAGCUCUCCUGAUGUUGCUGGUAUUACCAACACCAAUACCCCAUGGGGCCCUGGUGUGAAUGGUAAUGGAAAAGCCUCUUCUGCUGCUGCUGUGUUGAAUGCUACUUCUGCUAGUUCGUCUCCUUCUCCUGCUCCUAAGUCUGCUUUCAAGGGCACUACUGUCCAGGAAGCAUUUUCUUUGGACGCUGAUGACCAAUUGAACGUGGCUCGUGCUGAAUUCAUCAAGAUCAUGACUGCUAUUAAGGAAGAGACCAACGCCAAUGUCGAGUGUACUAUUUCUCAGCAUACCAAGAAGAGAACUUUUUUGAUUAGCGGUACUCCUGAGAACGUGAAAGCGGCUAAACGUCUUGUGAUUAAGAAAUUGACCAAGCCUGUGGUUGUGACCUUUGACAUUCCUGCCAAGGUGAGAUCCAGAGUCAUUGGUGCUCAAGGUAAGAAUUUGAAGCCUAUUAUCCAGGAGAACCAGGUUAGAAUCGAUAUUGCCAACGACUCUGAGGAAUCUCCAUCCCCAGAACCUGAGGACGAAGACGACAUCUACGCUAGAACUGUUCCUGUUACCAUUGAGGGCGAUGCCGAGAGCACCAAGCGUGCUAAAACUGCUAUUAUGGCCAUCGUCAAGGAAGAGACGAAGAACUUGUCAAUUAAAAUUACUGUUAGUGAGUUUGUCAAGCCUUUCGUUGCCAAGGCUGCUGCUCCAAUCGAAUCGGAAUACUCCGGCCUUGAGUUUAUUUUCCCCACCUGGGAUGCCCCUUCUACCAGCGUGAUCAUCACCGGUGACAGAGAGGCAGCUUUGGAGGCUCGUGACAAGAUAAAGGAUAUUGUCGCUGCAUUGGAGGCCAAGCUCACUGUCCUUUCUGUGCCAAUUCCCCAGGUCAAGCACCAAUUCUUGCCUAUCAAGGAAAUCAUUGAGGAGGACAAUGUUUUGAUCCAAUUGCCUGGCGAGGGGGAAACUGACGUCAAGUUCAUUGGCGAGAAGAGCGUGCUCAGACUUGCCCAGGAGAGAGCCAGACUUACUACUUCCCAAUACAAAGUCGAGGUCUUGGAUAUGAGCAAAGCCCACAAAGGCAACCUUCCACAUGUAAGAGCAGUUGCUGCCUUGUUGAAAAAGAGGGAUGAUUUCAAUAAGAUUGCAUCUGCCCAUGACGUGGUCAUCAACCCACCUAAACACGAAUUCUUGAUUGAAGAGGGCAACACAUCUCUUCCAAUUGAGAUUGUUGUCAAAACAAAUGAUAUUGAAACCACUAGACAGGCAAGAAAGGAGAUUGUUGCUUUGGUUAACAAGUUUACUCCUGAAAAGGCGAAAGUUAUCGAUGAUAUCGACAGCUUUUUGAUUCCAAGAGCUCCUGCCUACCUUGACUUAAAAGUGCCCGAGCUUAAGGUCGAAUAUGUUACUCUUGGUGAUCGAAUUGUGUUGUUCGAUGUUUCAGAGGCCGAAGAAAGCGACGACUUUGAUGUAGAGGGCUCCUCGGUGGACAAUUUGGGUGAAGUCUAUAGAAGCUUGGAUGAAUUGAGAGAUAUGCAAGGUUCCAUAUCCACCGUUGUCAUGAAUGCCCAUAAAAGGACACAGAAUCUUGUUUUCGGACGGAAUAGGGCAACUUUAAGGUUGUUGUUGAAAGAAGUUGAUCCAGACUCCGUUGAGGUGAAAGAAAGAUGGAAUGGGCUGGAGCAUACUGACAAUGCCCUCUAUAUUCAUGGUUUGACAUCUUCAGUGGAGAAGAUUAAAAAGGGAAUUGAAAAGGUUUACGACGAGGACUUUGAAAAUCCAAAUUACAGCAUCGAUUUGAACAUACCGAUCUUCGUGAUGCCAAAGAUUAUUGGAAAGGGAGGUUCUUCCAUCCAAGCCAUCAGGGCCGAAUAUGGUGUUGACAUCGUCUUUUUAGAUGAGGGUAGAUCUGUUGAUUUGUCGGACAAGACAGCGAAGACUAUUGUCUCUGUCGCCGGUAACAAACUUAACGUUGAUGCUGCUGCUGAUCACCUCGCUAAGUUAGCAAAGAGGCUAGCCGACGAGACUCUCGCUAGGGUCAGAGUGGAGUCACAAUACCACAGGCAAAUAGCUGGUCCCGGCUUUAUUUACAUGAACAGAUUACAGGAUAAGUACGGUGUUUCCAUCAGGUUUCCAAACGACAAGUAUCUGAAGCAUGACGACGCUCCAGCUUCGAAGGACGAGAUUACCAUCAGAGGACCAUCUAGAAGUGUUGCCAAAGCCGAAGAGGAACUUAAAGAAUUGUACUCCUUUGAAAAGGAAAACGGCCACAAGCAGUCAAUCAAGAUCCCAACCAAGGCUAUUGCUAGAGUUAUUGGUAAGAGCGGUGAGACAAUCAAAGAUAUCUCGGAUGGGUUUGGUGUUCAAUAUCAUUUCAACAGAGACAAGGAUGCAGAGGCAGCUCAAGGAUUUGCUGAGGUUGAACUCACUGGUUCUAGGACCGCAUUGAAGGAAGCAUCUAAGAAGAUUGCCGAGAUCGUCUACGAGGCGGAGAACUUUAUCACUGUGACCAUAAAGGUACCUCGUGUAUACCAUCGUAACUUGGUUGGUCCCGGUGGUUCUUACAUGAGAGAGAUCAUUGCAAACGCCGGAGGUGAGGGUGUUUCAAGACAGCAGUUUGGACGUUUGUUGAAUAUUCCAGACGAGGGAUCCGAAUCUGAAGAAAUUGUCUCUUCUGGUGAGAAGAGUAUUGUGAAUAAGAUUGUGAAGCAGAUUAAGGAUAUUGUCGCUAAGAGAGAGGCAUGUGUUGAAGAGGUCGUUGAGAUUCCGAGGUCUAAACACAGAAACCUCGUUGGUCCAAAUGGAAGCGUUCGUCUUGGAUUGGAAAAAGAACUCGACGUCAACAUCUGGAUUCCUAGAGCCCACGAGAACCUGAACCAGAUCAAGGUUACGGGCUUGCCAGAGAACAUUGAGAAGACGAAGGAGAAGUUUGCCGAAUUGACCCGCGACAGUUGGAAUGAAGUCAUUUCUGUUCCAGGCUCUCUACACGGAUUAGUUUCUGAAAAGGCAGCUCUCUUCAAAAUAUUUAAGAAUACGUACAGCGUGGACGUUUGGCACGGCAACAUGGCAACAAAGGCAUCCCAAAUUAGUGCCGAUUGUAUCCCCACCCCACCUGAGGGAGCUGUGGCUGGCGAGGAGGACGAAGGCCCAUACAAGUUCACCACUACAUUGUUGGAGAAGCCCAAGAAGGAUGUCGUCAUCCCAUGGAGAUUAGUGGGAGACGAGACCGCCACAGCUAAGGUGGCCGAGAUAAUUAAGGAACGCUUGGAGAAGGCCAAGGCGGCUACUCACAGUGGAUGGUUUUACCCCAAGAACCGCAAGAAUCUUUUUAACAAAGUCUUGGGAGCGCAAGGCCGCAACGUGAGGGAGCUUCGCGAGAAAACGGGAGCAUUCAUCACCGUGCCAAGAUCCAGUGAUAGUAGCGAUUUUAUCUACGUGGUGGGAACCGAGGAGAGCUUGAAAAAGGCAGAAGAAGCCCUUGCCAAAUUGGUCUAA